UUUACUCUGGUCCUCCUCCACCUCCUCCUCCGCAGCAGCUAUCUGGGAUGCCCCCCUCGGCCUGGCGAGUGGCCUCGCUGGCCGCGGCGCUGCAGGCACGCGGAUCACUCGCCGCCGCGCCAGCGCCGCCGCAGCCUCGCCUCUGCGCCGACGCGCUCCGCGGCGUGGGCGAGGAGCUCCACGGGCGGAGCGUCGACGUCAUCGACCGCUGGGCGGCGAUCGUGGAUCCGCGCGCCGACAGCGUCCUCGAGCCGCUUCGUCCUUCUGGUUGCGCGGGGCCUGGCUGACGGCCUCGUGCAGCUCGGGGAGGUGGGCUGGCUUCGGACGUGCCAGGCGAGCGGCUGUGGCCACUGCUCCGCGGAGAUCGCGGAGGGGUUUGGCGACCAGGAGUCCGACGUGGAGCGCCGCUUCGCGCAGCUGACCUCGAGGCUGUUGCGCUUUGCUGAGCUCUUCGAGGGCGCCUGCACGCGCUCCGAGGGGGGUCCCGGCAAAGGCACGCCGCGGCUGCUGCAGUGGCGGGGGCGGGUGGCGUCCAUGAGCGCGCAGGUGCGCGGCAUCGCUGAGGCUGGCGGAGCUGUGGGUUCGCUGCGGGACCUCCUCUCCGCCGCCCGCGUGGCGGAGGGGGGCCCCGCCUCGGAAGGCUUCCUGCGUGUGGCGGCGGGCUUUCGCCGUGCCUUCGGGCAGCUGCACGGCGCGGUGGUCGUCGCGCUCGAUGCCCUGCCCGCUCUGGCCGUCGCCGGGCGUUUCCAGGGAGGGCCGGCGUCCGCGCUGCUCGGGCACUCGGGCUUCGUGGCGUAUCUGAGGGACUCCCUUGAGGGCGCGGACGACACGGCACAGUCAUGGCCACGAGUCGUGGAGCUCGCACAGGGCCGCGCGCGACCAGUGCGGCCGUUCUCCCGGACCUCUGCGAUCUGCGACGCUGACAGGGAACGCUUGUUCGACCACCAGGGCUUGCCAACAGCGAUCGGCAAUCGUGGGCCUUACAGGGACUCUUCCGGGGCGCAGUCGUGGCACGGAGCCCCGGCGCAUGCUUUGCUCGAGGCGCUCAGGCUGAGCGGCACGCCACCAGCAUUUGAGUUUUGGUCCGUCUACCCGCCAGAGAUGAAUCAGCACCACGCGCCCUGCGCCGACGCGCAUGGGGCUCAUUAUGACCCUACCGCGUGCUUGGAGCAGAGCGGCUUGGAGGGCCACGUCCACUAUGUCUCCCAACGCACUGUGGCGCAGGAUCGGGGUGGUGGCAGAACCGAGGGACUGGGACAGCCAAGCAGCCUUUCGCUCCAGGCGGCCGCAUUUCACACUCCCAGGCUCUGGGCAGGUCAGCGCGCAGAUGCCGCGCCAGAGUCGGAGGCCAUGGUGAGCCAGGAGGCGUGGCCACCAGAACUGCCCGAUAGUCCCGUGGACGUGUUGUACCUCCACCCAGGCACCGGCAACUGCGCCCUGCUGCGUGACCUCAUUCAGCCUCAGGCCAGCGCCUUUCGCUUCGUGUACGCCCCAAUCAACCCAAUCGUGCCACCGCCGCUGCGGGUGUUGCCAGACUUUGCCCAUUUCAUGGCGCGUGAGCUCGAGGAAGAGCGCGUGGAGGUCGAGUUGUCUCGCGUCUUUCUCGCACAGUGCUCCUUGGCCCAGGUGGUGGCGAUAUUGGCGCCGCGCGGCUUUGCCCUUCUCCACGUGGAGCACCUCUACGCCGUCUUCGCGCUGGAGGAGCUAGCCGCCGCACUCCGCGGGCGUGAUCCGCACCCCGCGGACGCGGGGCAGCAGCACGGGGACCCGCAGCCGGAGUGGACCUUCGAGGCGUGGCGGCUCGGCUGGUUCUGCUCGCCCCUCUCGCGCCUGACGCUGUGGCUCGAGGAGCAGUCCCACUUCAGCCCCUCGUGGCUGGACGUGGGCGGGCUGCGGCCCUCGGAGGCACAGGCGGCGACCGCCGCGAGCGUCGCCUGCGGCCUCCUGGCGCGGCAGGGCAUGCGGCCAGAUGCCACGGCGGAGUCGGCCUGCCCGCCGGGGCACUCCGCGCAGCCCGGGCCCUCCGAGGCCCCGCCCUCGGUGCGGCUGCGGAUGCAGUGGGCGCUGGAGACACGGGGCCCGCUGAGCGGCGUGGCCUACCACCUGGAGAGGGGGGCCGGCAAGAAGGCCGCCUCCUGGCCAGCUGGCGGCGCCUCGGGGACCUGCGUCGACGGCGCCUGCGAGUGCCUCGUGCCCUGGCGCGGCCCGCGCUGCGACGUGGAGGACAGCGGUGCAGGCCCUGUUUUCAACCAUCCUGCAGUGACGCGAUUGGAUUAUCUGUGGUCGCUGGACACUGACAGUCACCUGCCACAGGUCCUUCAUGAAGACCCUUUUGAGGUGAUGCACAAGAACGAAUCGCUGGUCCUUGGUUACCAGUAUCUCACCCAGUCGUCGCCCAUAUCCGCCGUUGGCCUAUGGGAGUCCACCUUGCUCUACAUGGGAUACAAUGGCGUGGACAUUGUGGGCGUUGCCCAGGACAAGCAGGCAUUCCUCAAGCGAUUCCUCAUGACACCCCAGGGCUGGAAGGAGGCGCCGUCCUGGAACGACAAGGUCGUCAUGACUGAUUGCGAGCUGCUGCGGGUGCGCUUCUUCGGCGCAGGCACGGAGUACUUCAGGUACUUCUCGUUCCUGGACAGCCUCGGAGGCUUCUGGAAGCAUAGGUGGGGCGACCACGCCGUGCGCGGGCUCGGCACCGGCAUCGCCAUCUGGCUGGCGGAGUCUGGGCCCGCGGGGGCGAGCGGCUCCUGCCUCGGGACCUGCGGCGCGCGGCCCUGGAGGCCCAGCGCCUACGAGAUGGCGAUCCCCUACGCCCACCAGCGCUCGUGCUUCUGCCGCGGCCCGCUGCCGCGCUGCACCGCGCUCGGGCCGAGCGCCUCCGGGGAGGCUGCCUGGCCCGCCAAGAAGGCGAUCUGGGAGUGCGGGCCAGCGUCCGCCGCGGAAAGAGAGAGCAAGAGAGAGAGAGGUCGGGGAAUACGUAAGGCUGGAGCUCGCUGGAGCUCGGGCUCGCACGCGCGCCUCUCGACGGGCCCGUCCCGAGAUCUGGCCGUCCCGUUCUCGUGGGGCGUUUUUGCAGCGGGAGCUCACGGCAAUGCUCAGACGGGGUCUCGUCCUCUUCCUCCGCCAGGCCAACCCGAGUCUCCCAACCUCGAGUCGUACGUUUCUCCCAAGGGAAAGAGGGAGAGCGAGAGAGAGAGAGAGACAAAGAGAGAAAGAGAGAGAGAGCAGGGCCCCCAUGACCCGGGCACUGCUGAGCAGGGCUUGAACAUUGCGGCUGGAGUGAUCGGGCAAUAG